AUGACAUACUUAUACAUGAGCAAUUCACAACCCCAAUUCCACGCAGCCGGCUGGAGGAACUUCCACACCAGCCUGCAGGCUUUCGCACAGGGUGAAGAUAGAAGAAGAAUUACUCUUGAAGCCUCCCUGGCUGCUAGAUUAGCUCUUGCCUUUGCGGAAGCGUGGGACGGCCAACGAACUUCUCCUGGUACCCUGCAUAUUAGAAUUGCUGGAAGGCUUGUUCGAGACGCCCUCGACAAACAUCGGACUACGAGGCUAACAGGGAACGAGCUGUACCGCCUGAACUUUCUGGCACGCACCUGGAUGUAUAAGGAUGUCAUGAUUCGCUUGACAACCUCAGAUGAUGGCGAAUCUGUCGAUCUGGAGACUAUGACAGCUUGUACACAGCUUUAUCCUUUGCCAGUGGAACAGCAGAUCGAUCCACUUCUUGGUUGUGCUACCACGCUGUUCCCGUUGAUUGGACGUCUGACCGACAUCAUUAAGUCUGUUCGACGAAGAACCGAAAAACAUAACUCCCCAUCCAUUAUCUCCAAAGGCGCGGAACUAUGGAUGGCGAUCGAGGGUUGGAGUCCUUCUUGUGAUCCACAGCGGUCAGAAGGUCUUAGUACGCCUCACAUCUCCGAUGUCACACAGACGGCUGAUCCACAUCUCUGGGCAGCGCCGUUGCUACUUCGGCAGGCUGUACCAGAACUCCCAUGGGCUCAUUUGAUCUGGGAACUCGCAGGGGAAGUUUCAAUCUACCUUGCAACUAAGCCCGUCACAUCUCGAACAAUGAUCAUACAGACAUUCCCUCUCAUGGCCAUGAGCGGUGAGGCUUUUGAUCAAGAAGAUCGCAACUGGGUAUGCGAGAGGUGGGAUUCCAUAUCCAGGCGCAUGCCACUUGCGAGACUGGACAAGUGCGAGAGAGUUACAAAGGGGGUCUGGCGGAGGAGGGAUGUAUUUGAAGCACAAUCCGGAACUUGCCCCAGCUGUGGCGCUUACCGACUGACUAGCUCGUCAGGAAUCAGUCCUAUCAUGGAUACGGCUACUAUCUUUAUGGAUACCGCGGACGUAUCUGUUGCAUCAUCAUCGAAGAAGUCCGAGGAAGGAAGCAGGCGCUGCCAAUGCAGGAUCGCGGGGGCAACAAGAAUCACUGCGCCGCCAGCGUCCAAGUUUCCAGACUCUUUGGCUUUCAAAAAGGGAGUGGACAACAUCAGUAGGGCAGGCAAUCUGCAUUACACAGUGAGAGGGGAUUUGCAUAGGUUGGAAGUCAUGAAAGAUUGGAACUGA